AUGGAAGGGCAACAACACAGUCUAACGAUAACAACCAAUUAUCCGCCAGCGCCAUUGUCUCCGAAUCCGCAAGACGAUCGCGACAAGAUCCGCCAGAACAAGGACGACGAGAACCUCUGGAUUCAACGGCACGACAUCGAGAAGACGUUGCAUGGAGCACUCGGCCAUCUGAAGACGUGCUGCACGAUUCUGAAUCUAUCGGCAAAGUGUGACGAGCGUCUGAAGAUUGAUUUCAGUCAUGGGACCACCGAGAAGUAUCAGUUGAUGUCGAGAACCGGAAGUUCCGAUAACUUGAAAGCCAGUGUAACCCUCCUUGACGACAAUGUAAUUCAAGCGGAAGUCACUGUAAAAUACCCGAAAGCCGGCGGUGGUUACUAUCGCGCCUUCGCUCAACCCGACGUUCAAUGGAAGCUUCAGCAGCUUCAAGACCUUGGAAAUCACAUUGCUCGGGUGACAAUUAUGCUUUGCGAUUUGCAAGAAGAGCUACAGUUUCUACGUGGCAACGUAGACGGUGGCACCGAUUCGUUCAGUUUGAGCACUGGAAAACGGAUUUUGGACGAGCUCAAAGUGACAAUGAAUGAGAUCUCGUUGGCGAGAAACUCGAUCAUGCUGCCCCGAAAAAGAAGUCUUCUGGAGUUGUGCUAUUUUCCGCCAACUCGAAAAUUCGUGCCGCCACUUCCACAGGAUCAGCUCAUUUCUUUCUAUAUUUCGUGCUGUCGAUUGGUCUGCGCUUCGUACCAAAUGGUCCCAAAGACCGUACAUCCUCAAGGCCUGUCCGUGUUCAUGGCCGAAUCACAACUUCCCCAUCUCGACGAAGUCAUCAAACAUUUGAAUAUUGUCAUGACGAUUUUACAGAAAUUAAUUAAUUAUCUGUCGGCUACUAUGUAG